CAGUAAAUGUUCAAUACAUUAAAAGAUUCAGGCUAAUUUAGUAUAAACAAAACCAUUUGAGAAGGAUUUAAGAAGAAAACAACACUUCCUUAUUCGUGAUAAUAGCCUUCAUUUUCAUUAGGAGACAUGACAGCCAAGCAGAGUUCAGGAAUUCUGGCAGUUAAAUGAGAAUUAUGCAAUGAAGCCUAGAGAGACUGGUUGGUGCCAUGUGGAAGACGAUUGUUUUGGUGGUCGUGUUCAUGUUCAGCCCUGGUGGCGGGAUCUUUCACUCCUUAUACAAAAAUGUUCGGGUUUCCGUACCACAUAAGGGAAACGUAGGAGAGCCAUUAUUUCUUACUCCCUAUAUUGAAGCUGGGAAACUUGAAGAAGCAAAAAAACAGAGUUUGGUUCCUCCUUUCCCUGGAUCGAAUGUGAAGAGUUACGCUGGCUACAUCACUGUGAAUAAGACCUACAACAGCAACAUUUUCUUCUGGUUCUUUCCAGCUCAGGUACAGCCCAUGGCUGCUCCAGUAGUUCUCUGGCUGCAGGGCGGGCCAGGAGGUUCAUCCAUGUUUGGACUUUUUGUGGAGCACGGACCUUAUAUUGUCACAAGUAACAUGACUGUGAGUCCCAGAGAGUUUCCUUGGACCACCACAUUUUCCAUGCUUUACAUUGAUAAUCCAGUGGGCACAGGGUUCAGUUUUACUGAUGGCCCCCAGGGAUACGCAGUCAAUGAGGAUGAUGUGGCACGGAAUUUAUACAGUGCACUAACUCACUUUUUCCUGUUGUUCCCUGAAUAUAAAAACAAUGACUUUUAUGCCACGGGGGAGUCUUACGCAGGGAAGUACGUGCCAGCCCUUGCACACUAUAUCCAUACAUUGAACCCCGUGAUGACAACAAAAAUCAACCUGAAAGGAGUUGCUAUUGGGGAUGCGUAUUCUGAUCCCGAAUCAAUCAUAGGGGGCUAUGCAACAUUCCUGUACCAAAUUGGCUUAUUGGAUGAGAAGCAGAGAAAGUACUUCCAGAAGCAGUGUGAUGACUGCGUGAAAUACAUCAGGGAGGAGAGGUGGUUUCAAGCCUUUGAAGUACUGGAUAAACUACUAGAUGGUGACUUAACAAACAAUCCUUCUUACUUCCAGAAUGUCACAGGAUGUCCUAGUUACUAUAACCUGUUACAAUGCAAGGAACCCGAGGACCAAAAUUACUAUGGGAAAUUUUUGUCCCUCCCACAAGUGAGACAAGCCAUCCACGUGGGAAACCGGACUUUUAGUGAUGGAUCCCAAGUUGAAAAGUACAUGCGAGAAGAUACAGUAAAGUCCGUUAAGCUAUGGUUAGCUGAAAUCAUGGAUAAUUAUAAGGUACUGAUCUACAAUGGCCAACUGGACAUCAUUGUAGCAGCCUCCCUGACAGAGCGCUCUUUGAUGGCCAUGAAAUGGAAAGGAUCCCAGAAAUACAAGCAGGCAGAAAGAAAAGUCUGGAAGAUCUUUAAAUCCGAUAACGAAGUGGCCGGUUAUGUGCGGCAAGUGGAUGACUUCUGUCAGUUAAGGAAACUGAGGCUCAGAGCAGGUAAAUUACUUGUCCAGUGUCACACAGCUUGCUGUGCCUCAAGUCUUGCUCCUGCACACUGACUCCAAGCCACGCCGUAAAGGCUCCCCCCCAUUAGCUGCAGCUCUGGUCCUGGAGGCAGACUGACCUUUUCGCUCUUGGAUUCAGCAUACCACCGUUCCGGACCAUUGCUGCCAAAUUCAUUUCCAGUCGAAGCAGCAGCUGGGUUUUGUCACAAGCAUGACUUUCUUAAGUGUCCUCAGCUGAGCUGAAGUUGCACAAAAUCACUCAUCAGAUUUCUGCCAAGGCUGGAGGUUUGGGUGGGAAUCUACAGGAGAGAAUUCUAGCCUGGGAUUGUGGGGGCAGCAAAAGUUUUCCUCCAGAGUCACCUACAGGGACUCAUGUCACACAUAUGUUUACUUUCAGUCUGUGACGAAGCAAGACAUGUUGGGUUUCCAGAUGCAAGCUUGAACACAAAUGGUAGAUGGGCUCCAUUGUCGUUGCAGCAAGGGACAAACGGCCACUGAUGGAGUGUUGCAUGAGGCAGGUGUUUCCAAACGCAUGUGAGGGUUAAGUCCUAGCUCACAUCUGUA